AAAAUACAUUCCUAAACAACUACGAGUAUACGAUCCAUCCAAUUGAAUAUUGGCGCGGCUACUACCUGCUUUGGCGCAAUCGGAAAAUCUGAUCCUAACGGAAUUGAAACGAAAAAUUCCGAAACAAAAAAAAAAGAGGCACUUGACUUCCAGCGGAGAGUGAAUGCGUGCUACUGCAAUGAACAUCAUUUUCCACCACCUUCCAAUUUCUCAUCUCAAUUUCCAAACAUGAUUAGAAAUAUUUCACCACAACACCUAUUAUUCGCGUUAGGGUUUCUCCUUUCCACCACAGUAAUCCCCUUCGCUCGCGGCGAAUCAUCCACGUGUUUGACGGUUUAUAAAAACGGUGGUGCUCCGGCUGUGUUCAAAUCCCCAAAAUGCCCCCGCUGGAACCUCUUCGAAUACGGUUCUACUUCUCAAACCACGGCGCGUUGCCAAUCCGCGAUGCUCCAAGGUCGAAGAAAAUCUCAAGAGGACCGCACUCUCUGCGUCCUCGACGUUCGUAUUCCAUUUCCCGGUGCAACGAGGAUUAAGGAGGUUGUGGUUGGGAUCGUGGCGGUUUUCGAUGGUCAUAACGGUGCAGAAGCAAGUGAAAUGGCGUCGAAACUUUUGCUGGAGUAUUUUGUUCUGCACACUUAUUUUCUUCUUGACGCCACGUAUUCUGUUAUGUCGAAGGCAUCGGGAACGUUGCUUCAUAGGAGUGAUUAUGAUCACGUAAACAUACUGCAUAGAUGGAAAGAGCUUUUAGGUUCGCAAUCGCAUGAACGGCAUUCUGAAAGGUUUCAGAAUACAUUUUCUGCAAAUUUUGGUGAUUCUUUUCACUUGGAAAUUUUGAAGGAAGCAUUGUUAAGAGCAAUCCAUGAUAUUGAUGCAAAGUUUUCUGAGGAAGCCUCUAGAAACGGUCUUCAUUCCGGAUCUACAGCAACCAUUGUAUUGGUUGCAGAUGAUAAAAUUUUGGUUGCCAAUAUUGGAGACUCCAAGGCUUUCUUGUGCUCUCAAAAUUUCCAGUCUCCUAAGGAGGCUAAAGCCUCUUUAUUAAAGCUAUAUAGGCAGAAAGAGCAUGAUGGUUCUGUUUCUGUGUGGGAUCGCGAAAAGUACAGAUUAGCUUCUUCCCACGGGCUAACUCAUUUUGCAGUGAAGGAAUUGACUAGUGAUCACCAUCCAGACAGAGAGGAUGAAAGAGCUCGGGUGGAAGCAGCUGGUGGUCAAGUUAUAAAUUGGGGUGGUUUGCCUCGUGUAAAUGGCCAGUUGGCUAUUACACGGGCUAUUGGUGAUGUAUUCUAUAAAAGUUAUGGAGUUAUAUCUGCACCAGAAGUGACUGAUUGGCAGUCUCUAACUGCUAACGAUAGCUAUUUGGUGGCUGCGUCUGAUGGAGUCUUUGAGAAGUUGAGUGUGCAGGAUGUCUGUGAUAUGUUGUGGGAAGUACCCUGUUUUAGUGACAUGAGAUCAAAGUGCACCUCUUCAUCUUCUAAUUCACUAGCAGAUUUUAUUAUUAAUACUGCCUUGAAAAAGGGCAGUAUGGACAAUAUGGCAGCAGUUGUUGUUCCUCUGGAAUCUGUCAAAUUCCCUGCAAACUCGCUUAGAAGAAGCUACACUGAAAAUGGGGAUGCAGGUUUCCCAUUAUUUGGUCUGGAGGAAUCUGCUUACAGAAGCUCAGAUAAUGGCAUCUUCUCUGAUCUAAUGCACUUGGAGCACCCUCAUCUACUAGAUACCAAGUUUAAGCGAAUAUUGGUUGAAGUGAAACAUGGUGAUUUUGGAUGUUUUUAUUUAUCUGAAAAUCUCGGUGAUUCAGUGGAUUCUAAGUGGCCCGCCAAAAAAUUUGACUGGGAAGACUAUUUAUAUGAACUACCCCAGACUCUACCAGAUUCCCUUCAUCAACAAGCUGCAGUAGAUGGCCCUAUAAUUUUGUACAACGACCAAAACUUCUGCUUUCACCUGGGUUCAACUAUCAAUGAAGCCAAAGACCAAUGCAUAAAUCCUGAAGGCUUUGCCAGUUUCAUUGGUCUUCUUGAAUCAAUACCUUUACAUGAGACUGGUUCAGAUAAUGGGUCUUCUGAUUAUUCGAUGCCUGAUUCAAGGUAUGUCUUAAGGAGGAGUUUCGGUCGUGGAUCAUAUGGCGAAGUAUGGUUGGCUUUUCAUUGGAAUUGUAAUCAAGGUAAUAUUACUGCAAAAAUGAGCAAGGGUGACAAUAAUAGAAACGGCAGCUCAAGUAAUCCUGAAUGUGAGGAUGGCCCUUCUAACUACACACUGUACAUUUUGAAACGUAUAAUGGUAGAGAAAGGGGCUGCUGUGUACUUAAGUGGGCUUAGGGAAAAGUAUUUUGGAGAAAUUUUCUUGAAUGCCUCUAUGUGCUUUGAAGACGUGCUGUCAGCUGGAAAAUCAAACUGUGUAUUCGAAACAUCACCAGAUGGCUCUGACUAUUCAUUUCAAAACAAAUUUCAACUACAAAGGGCCAAGUAUGAAGAAGGAUUGAACCAUAUUGCAAGAUAUGUGGAAUCUUUUGAGUCUCGAUCCAAGGAAAUAUGGCUCGUAUUUAGUUAUGAAGGAGUGUCAUUGUCAAAGCUCUUAUAUACUGUAGAAGAUGUAAAUGAUACUUCUGAGAAAGAAAGACUGGAACAAGUGAAACAGGUUCAGAUACUACGUCCAUCAAAGUGGUGGCAUUGGUUGAAAACAACAGAAGAAGGGCAAGAGGAAAUGCGCAGCCUUAUCUGGCAGCUGUUAUUGGCCCUCAAGUCUUGUCAUGACCGCAAUAUCACACACAGAGACAUUAAACCUGAGAAUAUGGUGAUAUGCUUUGAAGAUCCAGAGUCAGGGAGAUGCUUGAAAGAGAUUCCAACAAAAAUUAAUGAAUUUUCGACCAAAAUGCGUAUUAUUGAUUUUGGAAGUGGAAUUGAUGAAUUCACAUUAAAGCAUUUAUAUGUUUCUACUGGGCCUUCUAGAGCUGAACAAACUUAUGACUACACACCUCCUGAAGCUUUGCUAAAUGCUACAUGGUAUCGAGGGCCAACAAGCUCAACUUUGAAGUAUGACAUGUGGAGUGUUGGUGUUGUGAUGUUAGAGUUGGUCUUAGGGACGCCAAAUAUUUUCCAGAUAAAUGCUUUAACACGUGCUCUAUUGGACCGACAUCUUCAGGGCUGGAAUGAGGGUGUGAAGGAGAUGGCAUACAAACUUAGAUCGUUCAUGGAACUGUGCAUCUUAAUCCCUGGAGUUUCUGGUAGUUACUCAAAAAAGUAUCACAAAGUGAAUCGAUUUUUCAAACAUCUGGGCUUUACGGUUAGUGCGUCAUCUGUUAAUGUGGGACCCAGUAAGUUUCCUGAUUACUGUUGAUUGUCAUUUUUUGAUCCCCAGUAAGUUUCCUGAUUACUGUUGAUUGUCAUUUUUUGAUCAUAAAUCUUCAUACCUUCAUAACAGUAACAAAACAUAAGCAAGACGAACAGAUAUGAUUGGUAGUAAUGACUGCUUUUGUUGGGUAGUGCUGUAUCUAACGAAGGCUUCUUUUUAAAUUGUAGGAGGACCGGCCAAGUGUUGAUGAGGCUCUGCGGCAUCCCUAUUUCCAGCGACCACCAAAAGGAUAAUUUUAUUGGACGAAACAACCAGUGUCUUGCACUGAAAUAUUCAGCUCAGAAUAGUUUGUGUCACUAUCUUCCCGAUCUGAAAGUUUCUAAUCGGUGAGGCAGUACAGUAAAUGAUUUCAAGAUUAUUUCAUGGAUAACUAUGAUUAAACGGGUCUCAUCUUGUGCGAAAAGCACAACAAGCUGCAUUGUACAAAUACAUGUCGUUAUCAAGCUGACGAUGUGCCGCUUAGAAAAACCAAGCCAACAUGUAGUCAAAAUAAUUGACUGCUGAUAAGUACCGAAACCAAAACGACUGAAAUGACCAAAAAGAAAAUAAGAGACUGCUAACAGGUGUCAAAACCGCAUGCUUGGUUUUUUGUAGUGAGAUAUAGAAAAGCUGUAUCUAUUUAGGAAAGAACGGGAACUAUCAAUGACAGGUUUUGCAAACCUUUCUGAAUAUUUGUUUCCCUUUCAAAAUUGGAAAAGAAAAAUAGUUCUACCUGUAUAUGAUAAACUGCAAUGAAAAAUACAUUAUUUGGUGUUCUAUUUUUGUUUGCUUUAGAUAAAGAAUAAGUUAACAUUAUCUUAAUUUAAGUGACUUGUUGGUGAA